AUGGUCUGGAACCCCAGGACCAAGUCCAAGGAGCGCAUGGGCCGCAUGGUUCUCAUGCACUCCAACAAGCGCGAGGAGAUCAAGGAGGCCCAGGCAGGUGACAUUAUCGCCGUCGUCGGCCUGAAGGACACCACCACCGGUGACACCCUGUGUGCCAUCGACUCUCCCGUCGUCCUGGAGAAGAUGGAGUUCCCGGAGCCUGUGAUCAAGGUCUCCUGUGAGCCAAGCUCCCAGAAAGACGCGGACAAAAUGGGCGAGGCACUUGCCAAGCUGGCAGCUGAAGACCCCUCCUUCCGCUUCAGCCGGGAUGAGGAGUCCAACCAGACAGUCAUCGAGGGCAUGGGGGAGCUGCACCUGGAGAUCAUCAUCGACCGUCUGAAGCGAGAGUUCAAGGUCGAAGCCAACAUCGGCAAGCCGCAGGUGGCCUACCGCGAGACUAUCACAGAGCCAGUUGAACUUUGGUACACACACAAGAAGCAGACGGGAGGCUCUGGACAGUAUGCCAAGCUGUGCAUGUCUUUCGAGCCCAAUCCGGGUGAGGGCUUUGAGUUUGCCAACGAGGUCAUUGGCGGUACAGUCCCCAAAGAGUAUGUGCCUGCUGUGGUCAAGGGCACAGAGGGCGAGCUUUUGAAUGGUAUCCGCAUGGGCUUCCCCGUGGUGGACGUCAAAGCUAGGCUGAAGGAUGGUGGUUUCCACCCAGUGGACUCCUCGGCCAUUGCCUUCGAGAUCGCGGCCCGCGCGAUUUUCAAGGAGGGAGCCAGCCAGGCAAAGCCCAUCGUCAUGGAGCCCAUCAUGAAGGUUGAGGUGAUCACCCCUGAAGAGUACAUGGGAAACGUCAUCGGCGAUCUCAACAGCCGCCGUGGCAUCAUCCAGAACCUGGCGACCCGAGGUAACCUGCACGUUGUGAAUGCCAGCGUGCCAUUAGCUGAGAUGUUCAGCUACAUCGCUGAGCUGCGCAACAUUUCUAAGGGCAGGGCCAACUACGCCAUGGAAUUUGAGAAGUACGAGCCUGUGCCGGAGAGCGUGGCGGAGACCAUUGAGGGCAAGAGCUGA